UCAUAGCAGUUGCUAGUUAAUGUUAAUUAACUUUAGUGACUUGGAGUCGAUCUUCGUUUCACGAUUGAACACACAAGUGUAAUGGCUAAAAGGUUGAACAAUUGCCAAUUUUUUUAAUAUGAAACAAGUAUCAGAAUGUAUUUAUCCACUCUUAACAUACCAGUCCUAUAUUUUAAUUCUGCUAGGGCUUUUGUAGUAAAGUGUCAAAAGUAUUAUGUUGAAAACUCUCCUGAGGCAUUCAGCUUUUUCCCUGUCUUUUGAGCACCACCAUAACCAGAAGAGCCCAGGCACAUAUUUGUGCAAAGAGACUUUUCUGCUGGUACGAGAUGUACAAACCGGUAAAGAUAACCAUUUAAUUACUUGUUUUGUACCAGAUAGCACCAAGCAACAUCUCCCUUGUUGAAUCCCCACAGCUAAGUGAGCUGAAAGAAACUUAAUCACCACCUUGGUGUAGCAGAGGCAGACAUAGUUUAGCCAAAGAUCAAAUUGCACCCAAUACAUCUUCACUGAAAAGUAGGGGUUGUACAGACUGGUCGACUUGAUGUUUUGAUUUUAGUAUUCCAUAAUCACAUUUUUGAGCUUAACAUUGAAAAGUAACAGGUGAUACGGGUAAAUCGUCUCUGUUGUGCAAACGUUUACCGUAUUGUCCCACUGGCAAGGACACCAGACGAGGAUUUUUUUUCUUCUCUGGUUGCAAGAACACGACAGCGGGCAAUGCUUCACCCAGCCCACGUUGAUGCUCAUGUUCUUGCAUGUGAACCAGGAUCAAAAAACAAAAAAUGGGACUGAAACUGUGAUGAGGCUUGCAGGACCUCACGUGUGUGAUAUUUUCUUCCCACAAUGUUUUACAAGAAUUAGUGUUUUAUUUUGCACUUUGUCUAUUUGGGAGAUGUAGCCUAACAUAACGUGUACUAGGUGUGUCAGAAAGGUUCCAGGAUGGGGGUUCAAAAAAGAUACAAUACAAUACAGAAUGUAUUGACACCCCUUCACGUUUCCCACGUUUUGCUAUGUUACGGACUUAUUCUAAAGCUGAUUUGAGUAUAGUUUUCUUUAAGAAAAUCUACAUAAAAUAUUCCAUAAUGACAUAGUAAAAACAUUUUCACACACUUGUGAAUUUAAAAAAAAAUAAAAAUAAUUAACAAUAGUUACAUAAGUAUUCACACCCUAUGCUAUGACACUCAAACUUAAGCUCAGGUGUAUCUGAUUUCCACUGAUCAUUCUUGAGAUGCUUCUACAACUUGAAUGAAGUCCACCGGUGGUAAAUUCAAUUGAUUGAACAUCAUUUGGACUGGCACACACCUGUCUAUAUCAGGUCUCAUAGUUGGCAGUGCAUAUCAGAGCAGAAACCAAGCAAUUAAUUCUAAGGAAUUGUCUGCAGACCUCCGAGACCGGAUUGUGUCAAGGCACAAAUCUGGGUAAGGAUAUAAAAGAAUUUCAGCAGCAUUGAAGGUUCAGAAAAGCAAUGUGGUCUCGAUUAUUUGGAAAUGGAAGACAUUUGUAACCACCAGGACCCUUCCUAGAUCUGGCCGUCCGACAAAGCUGAGUAACCAGGGGAAGAAGGGCCUUGGUCAGAGAGGUGGACAAGAACUCAGACCUGCAGAAACAAAAUUCUAGUAAUUCUAGCUAGUGCCUUUUGAAAGGGAUCAACAUCCGUUGUCUGGACUUCAUUAUUGCCCUCUGUAAUAGCACAUUUAUUCAGUUCGCCCUUUGUACAUUUUUAAUUCUUGGGUAUUUUUUAUUUUAUUUGUCAUUUAUUCCUCUUUGAAGUUUCAUUUUGCUCUGAAAACUGUUGACGUGGUUUUUGAAAAGCAGUACAAUACAAAUACCUCCCUAACAUAAUGAAUAAUUGUGAUUGCAAUAUUGAUCAAAAUAGUCAUGUCAUGUCCUAUAACCCCUUAAUCAACAGAUAUUUGAGCAAAACAGUGGAGCAACACGUCAAUGGGUAAUACAACAAUACUCACGCAUGUAUUCUUUAUCCUCUGCGAAGAACGACUAAUAUUACUGCUGUACUGAGCUGAGAUGUCUUCAUGUUCUAAUUGCUAAAGGACUCUGCAUCUUUUUGCACAAUUGUCAAAAAAAUAAAUAAAUUGUACCUGCAUUACCAGAUUACUAGCAACCUUUUAUUGCUCAGCAACUGUUUUCCUCAAUGUCUUUGUCUCAAAAGUAUUAUCUAUCAAUUGACUGUCUGUUGUCGUACUAGAGCAGCUCCAACUACCUGACACAAAUUCCUUGCGUUUUUUGGACAUACUUGACAAAAUAAAGAUGAUUCUGAUGUGCAGUAUAUCCAUAUGUCUAUAUUAUACUGCCUCCAGGUGGCCAAGGCGUACACACCAUCAGGACAAUGGCCAUUGAAUUUAAUUUUAAAAUGUGGCGAAAACCGUGUAAUUGUUCACAUUCUAUUUAUCAUUAGUUUGUUUACAGUUUACGGUUAUGUUUUAAUUUUAACUAUUUUAAGCACAAUCCUAUAGCUUGAUAUCUUAUUAAAAAUAUAUUAAACAUUUUUUGGGGCAGGGGGCUGGAACAGAUUGAAGGUGUUUGCAUUAAUUUUGAUGGGGAAAGAUAAUUUGAGAUGCAAGUAUUUUGAGUUACGAGCAUAGUCACAGAACAAAUCAAACUUAUAUCCCAGGGCACUACAGUUUUAUCUUUUGUCACCAGUCAUGGAACUUUCUGACACACAUUGUAUGCUAUGUAAAAUGUAGCAUCUUAAUGGCUACUUGUUGCUGAUGUACUUAGAUUUCUGCAGAUAAUUUGGUUUGAGCUGUCCCUGCUUGAAUAUCAUUGUAAAGCAUUCCCUUCUCUCAUUUUUUUUUUAAUUUCUAAAAAAAAUGACAUCAGUGACUAGUCAUCAACUUCACUUUCAUCACAUUUGUCUUGACUAAAAAAAAAAAAAAAAAAAAAAAAUAAUCAUGCCACCACUACUGAAAAGCGCAAAAAGGUGGAGCACCAGCUGUCACAAGGAUGAAUGAUGAAUAUGUACCUGUAUAUGUAAAUAAAUGUUCUGACUGUCAGUGAUUUUAUCAGUGUCAGCACUUUUAUCUUUUAACUCCACCAUAAAUUUCAGCUUCAUAGCUGCCACACUGUGUUGUGGUGUCAUCAGUCAAGAAGUAAAGGUAAUUACAGUCAACUAAUGGCACUACCUGUUGUUGUUUUUUUUCUGAGGGGAAAGAAGUCUAGUUGGGGUGCAGUAUUUAAUUAUUAAAGUAGACAAUACUAAUGAUUUAAUUUUAGCAGAAGGAUGGCAUUUUCUUUCUUUUGCCUAUAUCAGAAAUGUCAACUUCAUAAAAUUUGGUACACUUUUUAAAAAGAAAAAUGUGUGUAUUUUGGCUCCUCCAGAAAACCCACUGUCACGCUGUGACAUCUGCCUUUGCAAAUUGUCGACUAUUUGAAGUUUUUCAAGCCUGUGGUCAUGCAUGAGAUUGUUGAGUUAAAGUAACGAACUGUCUGGCCCUCCCCAAAGUCGUGUGAUUCUGAUUCAUCCAGACAGAUGAAGUCUGUUAGUUCAAGUAAAAUCCCCAACAUUGUGCUCUUCCCCUACCUGUUAUUUCUUGGCCUGCUGACUCGAUGCUGUUGGUGGCUCUGGGAGAGUCUGUUAUCGUUUCUCUCUGACAAGUUUUUGGGCCAUCUUAAGGCAGCCUUUCAAUGAAAAAUGACAAGAUAAGACCCUGAGACACAUGCUCUUUUCCUCUUGUCUGCCACACAGAGGACUGGAAUACAAGGCUCCAGGGUGGACGAAAGAAACCUUACUUUCCUACAGAAACAAGGAAAAAUAAACGUACAAUAAACUUGCAAACUAUAACUAAAGUAAAACUGCUUUUGCAGAUUUUACUGAUAGAUCUGAACAAUCUGCUUCCAGACAAUCUCAUCAGUAAUUUGUGCCAUUUAAUAUAAAAAUGAAUAAAAAGAGUUUAUGCCAUCCAUCCAUCCAUUUUCUACCGCUUAUCCAAGGUCGGGUGGCGGGGCCAGUAGCUUUAGCAGGGAUGCCCAGACCUCCCUCUCCCCAGCCACUUCAUCCAGCUCUUCUGGGGGAAUCCCGAGGCGUUCCCAGGCCAGCUGACGGACGUAGUCUCUCCAGCGUGUCCUGGGUCGUGUCCGGGGUCUCCUCCCGGUGGGACAUUCCCGGAACACCUCACCAGGGAGGCGUCCGAGAGGCAUCCGAAUCAGAUGGGUGGGCAUCUGAUUCAGAGUUUAUGCCAUCCAGUCUAAACAUAGGUGGUUGUGUGACACGUUCUUUGUAUUUAAUUUUUGCUCAUAAGUCUGAUGUUGGGGGUUUGAAUCUGGACUCUAGCCUUCCCGGAUGGAGUUUGCAUAUUCUCCCCAUGCUUGCGUGGGCUUUCUCCAGGUACUGCGGCCUCCUUCUCACAUUCCAAAAACAUGUUUUUAGGGUAAUUGAAUUAGUAAAGAUCGGUGGUACAGAAAAUUGAGAAAAUGUUGAGUUAUGUUGUAGAGAUUUGGGAAUCCUAAUGUGAUGGUGUAGCUGAUUUUACUGUACAGUGUGCUCUCUGGGAAGGAGGCUUGUGGUGGAGGAGCAGGGAAAUCAUUGGGCCACAUGCUAAUCUCUGUUGAUAGUUUAUGUAACUCGCUGUGUCACAUGAUCACACGUCACUACUCACCCAGCUUCUGUCUGGUAAUUCACCCACAGCCAUUCAAACACAAAUAGAUGACGGAGGGAAAUGGGGAGAACACGCAUAGGAACUUGUCAACUGGAUCUUCUAUUUUUUAGUGCCUGUGAAGUUGUUACGACUAAUACAUCUAUAGGGAGCUCUUUUGGAUCCUUCUGCCAGAUAUUACAAGAAACAAGGAUUUUUAGGCAACCUUAAACAAAGAGGGUCGAGACACACACUUCUAGUUUGGAUUCUAAAUGUUCCUUCAGACCGAAGACCCCAUGAGAGUGCGCGGUGUCCGUGUUCAGGGCCAUGACGAGAUGGCAAUGAAGCUUUUGUUCUGGGAGCUGGAGCAGCAUCUCAAAAGCUCGUCGGGAGCAAGUGUUGUGGCCAUCGACAACAAGAUUGAACAGGCAAUGGACCUGGUUAAGAGUCACCUGAUGUACGCUGUGCGUGAGGAGGUGGAAGUCCUAAAGGAGCAGAUAAAGGAGCUGAUCGACCGCAACUCCCAGCUGGAGCAGGAGAACACCCUGCUCAAGACGCUGGCCAGCCCAGAGCAGAUGGCUCAGUUCCAGGCGCAGGUCCAGACGGCCUCCCCGCCCCCAGCCUCCUUGACGGUCACCGCUCCGGGUCCCGCGUGCACCCUCGCUCAAGCCACCUCGCACACCUCCGGGCCCUCAGCGUAGCCCAGCGCGCCCAGACUGACUCAACACUACUUCUGCUGACGCAACGACGAGGAGUUGGUGUUGAUCCAAGAAUUUGCACAUAUUUAUCCCUGAGAAGGUUGCAUCCAGUGGGACAAGUGCUGAACAAGGCGACAAUCGUGCGACUCAUUGAACAUUUGCCAAAAAAAAAAAAAAAAUAGUGGACAUAUCAGCUAGAAUGUCUCCACGACAAUAAGCAAAACCACAUACUUCAACACAGAUGCUGAAAAGAUCACUGUGCCUGUGUGUGGAUUUUAGGCGAUGUCAAUUUUACUAAUGUUACAUGUGGAAGAAUGGAAGGAGAAGAGGUUUUUGUUUUUUUGUAAAUAAACAUGUCUCAUGCCUAGAAGCUAAUGUUACGUUGAAAGAAAAGGCCUUCCCAGAAUGACAACGAAUGUGAGCAAAUAUCAAGACCAAGUCCCCAUUUGGAAUGGGGGGGGGAUAGUUCCAGAGUUCGCUUAAGUACAGCGGCAUGAAUUGUGUUACUUGGCUUUGGUGAAACAAACAAGAUGUUUUCUUAUAUUUUCAGUAUUUCUUUUCACAUUUCUUAGCUCUGCAGUGGCAUGGAAUUGAAACAUUGUUUGGCAGGCAAAAGAACAUGUAUAUUUCUGUAUAGUGUAAGUAAUCAUGUAAAAUAGUGAGAGGAAGAGAACAGAUGCAUCAGUAUCUGUCACACGGCAUAAGCAACGAUGUGCUUGCCUUGCCCAGACUGUUGUCUAUUUUUAAAAGCUUGUAUUUUCAGGGUCUAAAGGAGUUUGGCUAUUUAAAAUGACAAGGUGCAGCAAACAAUGUUGUCUAUAACCGCCACUGCGAUAUUCACUCUUACUGUAAAACCAUUUUCUCUUUUUUCUUUUCUGAUGUAUUGCACUUUUUUAUGAUUUGUUUUUUUGUUUUUGUACAGUGAACUACUUCUGACUGAACAGUGAAAAUCUCAACAUUAGAAGAAACAACCUGCAACUUCUUGAUGUUUUUCCCAUUACAUUCUGUGUAUUAGGUUAUAUGCUCAUGAUGUUUUGUGCAUGUUUCUGCAAGGCUGGAUGAGAAGUUGUAACAUAACAUACCGCAAUUGCACUUGAAAGCUGCACUUCAAGUUUCAUUAAAAUGCUAAAUAAGUGUC